GGUCUCCCACACCUCGGGGCGGGGCGAGGCCCACGAAGGGGCCGGGCCGCGAAGGUCACCAACAAGGUCGAGGGCCGGACGUGCUCGGCGCCUCCACGCCGAGUGCGUGUGGGACACGGAGUACGUGCCGCGGGCCGGAGCCCGCAUGCCGGCCGCGUAGCGACGCCCCGCCCUCAUCCAGGCUCCGUAGACCCUCAGCUCGGCCCCCGGCCCCCAGCGGGAGGCUCGCCCAGCAACACCACAAUGCCACAGGCCCAGCCAGCCACGUCUACCCCCGCCCCCGGGCCAGCGUCCCCAGCCUGUGCAGGCACAACUGACACCUCAGUCAAGCUCUUCUUCUGGAGUGACAGCAAGAAGGGCCAAUGCAAAGACGGAGAGGACAGAGGGCGGGCCCGAAAUGGGAAGAAUGGGCGUGGCCAUCCGAGCUGCGUCCAAAGUCGGAGUGGGAGGCGCUUAGAUCAUCUCGGGAACCGGAUCGCGCGCACUUCGCUGCUCUACGCUCUCCAGGGUGUUUGCAAAAACCUCGCUGCUAUAACUGCAGGGCCAUCCGACAACCAGAAACAAGCCAUGUCUAUUCUCAAGGUCCACGCCCGAGAGAUCUUUGACUCCCGUGGGAACCCCACUGUUGAAGUUGACCUCUACACCUCAAAAGGUCUCUUCCGAGCUGCUGUGCCCAGCGGUGCCUCCACGGGCAUCUACGAGGCCCUAGAACUCCGUGACAAUGACAAGACGCGCUACAUGGGGAAGGGUGUCUCAAAGGCUGUUGAGCACAUCAAUAAAACUAUCGCACCUGCUCUGGUUAGCAAGAAACUGAACGUUGUGGAGCAAGAGAAGAUUGACAAGCUGAUGAUCGAGAUGGACGGCACUGAGAAUAAAUCUAAAUUUGGUGCAAAUGCCAUCCUGGGUGUGUCCCUGGCUGUCUGCAAAGCUGGUGCUGCAGAAAAGGGGGUUCCCCUGUACCGUCACAUCGCCGACUUGGCUGGCAACCCUGAAGUCAUCCUUCCCGUCCCCGCUUUCAAUGUGAUCAAUGGCGGUUCCCACGCUGGCAACAAGCUGGCCAUGCAGGAGUUCAUGAUCCUUCCCGUGGGAGCGUCCAGUUUCCGGGAAGCCAUGCGCAUUGGGGCAGAGGUUUACCACAACCUGAAGAAUGUCAUCAAGGAGAAAUACGGGAAGGAUGCCACCAAUGUGGGUGAUGAGGGUGGAUUUGCGCCCAACAUCUUGGAGAACAAGGAAGCUCUGGAGCUGCUGAAGAACGCAAUUGGGAAGGCCGGCUACACGGACCAGGUUGUCAUUGGCAUGGACGUGGCUGCCUCUGAGUUCUUCAGGUCGGGCAAGUAUGACCUGGACUUCAAGUCUCCUGAUGACUCCAGCAGGUACAUCACACCCGACCAGCUGGCUGACCUGUAUAAGUCCUUCAUCCAGGAUUAUCCAGUGGUGUCCAUCGAGGACCCCUUUGACCAGGACGACUGGGAGGCCUGGCAGAAGUUCACAGCCAGCGCCGGCAUCCAGGUGGUUGGGGAUGACCUUACAGUCACCAACCCUAAGAGGAUUGCCAAGGCCGUCAGUGAGAAGUCCUGCAACUGCCUCUUGCUCAAAGUCAACCAGAUUGGCUCUGUGACCGAGUCUCUGCAGGCGUGUAAGCUGGCCCAGUCCAAUGGCUGGGGCGUCAUGGUGUCCCAUCGCUCUGGGGAGACUGAGGAUACCUUCAUCGCCGACCUUGUGGUGGGGCUCUGCACUGGGCAGAUCAAGACUGGUGCCCCUUGCCGAUCUGAGCGUCUGGCCAAGUACAAUCAGAUCCUCAGAAUCGAGGAAGAGCUGGGCAGCAAGGCCAAGUUUGCUGGCAGAUCCUUCAGGAACCCCCUGGCCAAGUAAAGGGGGUAGAGAUCCCUGGAAACACCUGCUGCUUAGACCCUGUACCCGAUGUCGUCAUGGCGGCUCAAGGCCCGCCCAGUGCUUGUCCCUCCCAUGCCACUGCUUCCUUAGACACAUGGAGCCCUGCUGGAGACCCCUGCUGUGUAACUAUCUGAUUGGCUGAGUUGUUUCUGUCAUCUUACUUGUAAGCUAGUGUCUGGAGCCCAGUGUAAUCUCUGGGGGUGGCCACAGGCAAGACCCCCCCACCCCAGCGGUUCUUCAUACAUAAUAAAAGCCUCAGUCCUUA